AUGCAUACUCGACUCGUCUUACACCGAUUGUUGGCACCCCAACCACGCAUUCUACUUUGCCAAUCACGUUCACGUAUCAUUCGACCUGCCUUGGUCACUGGAUCAUGUCGUCCCUUCUCACAAUGCUUGACACGAUGGGAAAGCGAAAAGCCCAUUCGCCCUUCUACGACCACUACGACUUCUGCAACACAAGACAACAACAGCAGUGCUUCCACUUUACAAGAAGACGAAGAAGAAGGUAUCGAGCAAUUGGAUCCAAAGGAAUAUCCUGAGCUUUAUUCACAAGAAGGAGAAGAGGAAAUGGUGGAUACCGAAUGGUUUGUGGAUCAUAGCGAAGAAGAUUUUGUACCCUUGUGGCAACAACGUGCGAUGGGAGAUCAUUUACGAGAACGACAAUCGCUUGAACAAAUAUCCAAGAAGUUGAUCGAGACGGGCGACAUGUCACCUGAUUUACUCAAGCAAUUGUUGGAAGAGAACAAGAUGGAAAAUGUGCGAGUGAUGGAUGUACGUGGUCGUUGCGAUUUUACCGAUUAUAUGAUUGUGGCCGAGAGUUCCAUGGGCGAUCGAUUCCUUACGAAUGCUGCUGAACUUUUGAGAACAACGGUCAAUCAAGCCAUUCGAAAACACCAUGAUCAAGGCAAAAAGAAGGACUUACCCACGAUUCGUAUCGAAGGACGUGAUGAUCAAUCUGGAUGGGUGUUGGUGGAUUUGGGUCAAUGCGUCGUGCAUCUCUUUACACCUGAAGUACGUCAGCAUUAUGAUUUGGAUGGGUUAUGGAAUGAAGAAGCAGAAGCAAGCAGCAAUCCCGAACAACAAUAG